CGCCGGGCUUCUUCCCACGUCGCGGGCUCCGGGCGCAGGCGUGUCAGCCGCAUCCCAACCGACGGGACGGAAGAUGGGGGCUGCGGCCGCCAGGCGCUGCGUCGAGUGGCUGCUGGGCCUCUACUUUGUCUCGCACAUCCCCGUCACGCUGUUCAUCGACCUGCAGGUGGUGCUGCCGCCCGAACUGUACCCGCAGGAGUUCAGCAAUCUGCUGCGGUGGUACUCGAAGGAGUUCAAAGAUCCUCUGAUGCAGGCCCCCCCGGUGUGGUUCAAGUCCUUCGUGUUCUGUGAGCUUGUGUUCCAGCUGCCCUUCUUCCCCAUUGCAGCAUACGCCUUCUUCAAAGGAAGCUGCCGGUGGAUCCGAAUCCCUGCAAUCAUCUAUGCAGUUCAUACGAUAACAACUUUAAUUCCGAUCCUCUGUACAUUUCUACUGGAGGAUUUCUCCAAAGAUGCUGCUUUCAAAGGACAAAGACCCAAGAAUUUUGGUGAACGACUAACCCUUAUAGGUGUCUAUGCCCCCUACUUAAUAAUUCCCCUUAUACUCCUCCUGUUCAUGUUGCGGAACCCUUACUACAAGUAUGAGGAAAAAAGAAAGAAAAAAUAAGGCACAGCCACUAGCCCAGUGGGGGAGAUCCCACAGCACAGCUGCCUUUUGGACACUACAAGAAAAACUGCUGUGAAGCCAUGUUUCAGCAGCAUUUGAAACACCAACAGUAUAGUGCACAAGAACAAGAGAGUGGCCCGAACCAUGCCAACCAAGCCCUCACCUUCCAAGGAUUAAACAGGCCAUCACCAGGGAUGGGGACCAACAAAAUGGUGCCCAAGUUCUGCCACAGCAUUGCUAAAAACGGGCAGACAAGAAGCCGGUUAGCUCCUGACCUAGAAUGCACAGAGCUAACUAAAUCCUCGACUCGGCCUCUAUAGCUGAUCACUAGUCAACAGAUGAGCAGUGGGUGUUUCAGGCCACUUGAAUGUCACAAAUUCUGUCUCCUUAACAUCCAUAAAAAACUACCAUAGUUUCCUGCCUGUGCCUCCACCUCUGGGAGAAAGAUACCGUAGCAUAAGUCUGUGCCAGAGAUAGUUUACGGUGGAAGGUGGCCACUCACAGGGCACCCCGUCUUCUGGUUACCCUGCUAGUACUGGUACUUCCCAACUCUGACGUCUCACACCACUGGGCUCCCUAGCAGACAGCUUUGUCCUCCUCUCUGCCUGGUCCUCCCUGCUCUCCAGAGUGGCUGUCCCAGUGUGUGUCUGCUCUCCCACAGAAACAAGACUGGUAGGUGCUCAGCAGGGCUGUUUUUCUGCACAAGCCACAUGGCUGUGGUUAUUACUGUCUGACUUGUAUGUCUGGUCCAAAUAAAGGUAGCUGCAGAUCA